CUGUACAGGUCCGAAGCUCGUGAGAACUGCAGUUCCAAAGAGAGUCGAUAAUGGCGCGUGAAGUGCGUUGUAAGACAGUAGAAGAACAGUCACUAGUAGCACUAGCAGAAACACACACUGCUAUCCCAUCGUUCAAAAACAAAACAGCUUCUAGCAGCCAUUUAUCCAGCGAGCUAAAUCUUUUUUUUUUUUAAUUUACGGAGGCUUUAUCCACCACAAUUUAGCCGCUAGUGUCACCUAGUUGGCACGUCUAGGCUUUAAUUUCUAGCUAGCUAGCUAGCUAGCUAGCUAGUAGCUACUUGAACUAUCUAGUAAAGUUAGCUAACUUUAGAUAGCUAGGUAGCUACUUUAUCGACCACAUUUAGUUUGAAUACCCAGCCAGGAUGCCUGAGAUAAAAGUGACACCACUGGGUAAGUAUCACAUUUUUGCAUGCACAGGCUGACAUUUCUCCCAAACACGAAAUAUAUUACUUUUGAGCACUUUGUUGCGCAUGCAUCUCUUAGAGCAGAUCUAUGGUGGUACGACUUUUUUUAUUUUUUAUUUUUUUAUUUAACUAGGCAAGUCAGUUAAGAACAAAUUGUUAUUUACAAUGACGGCCUACACCGGCAAAACCCGGACGACGCUGGGCCAAUUGUGCGUUGCCCUAUGGGACUCCCAAUCACGGCCGGUUGUGAUACAGCCUGGAAUCGAACCAGGGGGUCUGUAGUGACGCCUCAAGCACUGAGAUGCAGUGCCUUAGGCCGCUGCGCCACUUGUUAUACAUGAAGAACUUCUAAGCUUGAAGGUCAGCUAAGCGACAUGUUGUGAAGUCAGCAUGGAUGAGAUGUUCAUUUGUGUAUCUCAUCCUUUUGUUCCCGCUCAGGUGCUGGACAAGAUGUUGGCCGUAGCUGCAUUCUUGUCUCCAUUGGGGGCAAAAACAUUAUGCUUGACUGUGGGAUGCACAUGGGCUUCAAUGAUGAUGUAAGUAGAUCCACAGGGUGCUAACUAUAUGUAAUUCUAUGUCAGUAGAUCCACGAAUCUCAAUUUGACAGUCCCAUUCUGCCAUUCAAAUACACUUUAGGUUCCUUUUGAUGUUCCAUUAUUGUGACAUUGUUGUCUUUUCAGAGAAGAUUCCCAGAUUUCUCUUACAUAACACAACAAGGACGCCUGACAGAAUUCUUGGACUGUGUAAUUAUCAGGUUUGUGGUCUUUAUAUGGCACUUAGCUAUAUCUAGGUGCUACUCUUCAGCAAGAGAAACAACCUUAUCAGACUCAACACAAAGAGAAAGAGCUUUCUCCCGCUAAAAGGCAUUCUGUCUUUUAUCUUCUAUAUUUUAACUGAUUACUCACACUAAAUCUCCUAGUCAUUUCCACUUGGACCACUGUGGUGCUCUGCCGUACAUGAGUGAGAUGGUGGGCUAUGAUGGCCCCAUCUACAUGACCCACCCCACCAAGGCCAUCUGCCCCAUCCUGCUGGAGGACUUCAGGAAGAUCACUGUGGACAAGAAGGGCGAAACCAACUUCUUCACAUCCCAGAUGAUCAAGGACUGCAUGAAGAAAGUAGUCCCUUUGAACCUCCACCAGACUGUCCAGGUAUACAGUCCUGAUAUGUACCUUUUAACAGGUCUUAGAAGUACUCCAAGUGUAGCCUUGUUCCAUAUCUAUUUGUGCAGUCUUGCCAACUCCCAUGGUCAUUGUUUGGUAUGACAAUGAUCAUAGCAGUUGGCAAGACAGAACAAACAGACCUGGAACCAGGCUACUCCAAGGGUAUAACAUAUAAUGCAUUACGUUCUCCGUGAUGGCCGAGGAACCACAUUUGGAGGUAGUAUUGGUGUAUGGAAUGAUGUAUUGAGUUGAUUCUGUCAUGGUUUCUAAGGUGGACGAUGAGCUGGAGAUCAAAGCUUACUAUGCAGGCCAUGUCCUGGGAGCUGCUAUGGUGCAGAUCAAAGUAGGAUCAGAGUCAGUGGUCUACACUGUGAGUAUUAGCCUAUUAAGAGAACUGGGCUUAUUAUUGAUCAAUGCAUGAAUCAUGUGAUUUCUUUGAAGUAACUUAUCCUUACUGGCUUUUGCAGGGUGACUAUAACAUGACGCCAGACAGACAUUUAGGGUAAGUAGUGAUUUAUUUUGUGUUUCAUGUAACAUGAUUUAGAUCAAUGCCUAUGUGUUCUAUAAUAAACCAUUUUCAUUUUGUUGUCAUAGGGCUGCGUGGAUCGAUAAGUGUCGGCCAGACAUCCUCAUCUCAGAGUCCACCUACGCCACCACCAUCCGUGACUCCAAGAGGUGCAGGGAGAGGGACUUCCUGAAGAAAGUACACGAGACAGUGGAGAGAGGAGGGAAGGUAAGGGCCACCACACAGGUUUUUUCUGUCCAUAUAGCUCAUUCGGUCUCUCCAGUACUCGUGUCCUAAUGGAUUAAAUGUUGUGCUCUCAGGUUCUGAUUCCGGUCUUUGCCCUGGGUAGAGCUCAGGAACUGUGCAUUCUAUUGGAAACAUUCUGGUAAGGUUUUUCGAUUCCAAGUUCAAUUAGCAUUGGUCUAGCUAGUGUUCUUUUGUUAAGAUGACGUUCAUUUUGUGUCUUGAUGACUGGGUAAGCAAUCAGGGAAUGAUGUAAAAGCCUCUCCUCUCCUUCCACAGGGAGCGGAUGAACAUGAAGGCCCCCAUCUACUUCUCCACAGGGCUCACAGAGAAAGCGAAUCACUACUACAAACUCUUCAUCACCUGGACCAAUCAGAAAAUCAGGAAAACCUUUGUACAGAGAAACAUGUUUGAGUUCAAACACAUCAAGGCCUUUGAUCGCUCCUACGCAGACAACCCUGGACCAAUGGUGGAGAAACAUCACCAUCAUAUUUGCAUGCUAAUACUAUAACCUUGUUUACAGUUGCAACAUUUUAAUGAAUGUUUAGGCAUUGAUAUGCUUUAGAUACAGACAAGUCCAAUGAUUUGUCCAUUAUAGAUACUAUUCUUCUUACCCCGGUGAAUUUUCUACAUAGUCACUGUGGACCCGUUGUCUAAAAAGUUAAAAAGCAUGAGCUGACGCACACCCAAAAAUGUUUGUAAAGGUGCUGACUAACGGAGAGUAAACUACAUAAAAAUCAAGAGCACACUAUAUUCUCCAAACAAUUAAAUUGUUGGGAGCAUAUACACUGAGUGCACAAAACAUUAGGAACACCUGCUCUUUCCAUGACAGACUGACCAGGUGUAUCCAGGUGAAAGCUAUGAUCCCUUAUUGAUGUCACCUGUUAAAUCCACUUCAAUCAGUGUAGAUGAAGGGAAGAAGACAGGUUAAAUAAUUUUUUGAGACAAUUGAGACAUGAAUUGUGUGUGUGCCAUUCAGAGGGUGAAUGGGAAAGACAAAAGAUUAAAGUGCCUUUGAAUGGGGUAUGGUAGUAGGUGCCAGGCGCACCGGUUUGAGUGUGUCAAGAACUGCAACGCUGCUGUGUUUUUCACGCUCAACAGUUUCCCAUGUGUAUCAAGAAUGGUCCACCACCCAAAGGACAUCCAGCCAACUUGACACAACUGUGGGAAGCAUUGGAGUCGACAUGGGGCCAGCAUCCCUGGGGAACGCUUUCGACACCUUGUAGAGUCCCAUGCCCCGACGAAAAGCAAAAGGGGGUGCAACUCAAUAUUAGGAAAGUGUUCCUAAUUUCUUGUACACUCAGUGUAGCGCGUGCGACUUUCUUAAUUUGUAUAGUUUUUAUGAAGGACAUUGUUGAAAUAACACUACUGAAAUGUUAUGUGUUCCCUUCAGGUGGUGUUUGCCACCCCAGGAAUGCUGCAUGCUGGUCAGUCUCUACAGAUAUUCAAGAAGUGGGCUGGCAACGAGAAGAAUAUGGUAAGUCCCAUUUGAGAUAUGUCAGUUACGGAGCGGAAGUAAAUACAUGGGUUUUUGUGAAGUUGGGGAGAAAAUCAAUUCUACUUUUCAUUUUCUGUUAAUCAGAUCAUCAUGCCUGGGUAUUGUGUGCAAGGCACCAUCGGACACAAGAUCCUGAAUGGUCAAAAGAAACUGGAGAUGGAGAAUAGACAAACGGUAAUGCAAGAUAGUAUUUGAUUGUAUUUAACUUGAUGUAUAAUCAUGAUUUUACUGCAGUAAUAGAUAUCAAAUGGAUAAACUGAAAUUAAGAGCAGUGAGCCAGCCUGUUGAGGUUUGUCUGCUGACCCUUGACCUUUGCCCUCUGUGACCCCUGCAGUUGGAGGUGAAGCUGCAGGUGGAGUACAUGUCGUUCAGCGCCCAUGCAGACGCUAAGGGCAUCAUGCAGCUCAUCCGCAUGGCAGAGCCUCGCAACAUGCUGCUGGUGCACGGAGAGGCCAAGAAGAUGGAGUUCCUCAAGGACAAGAUCGAGCAGGAGUUCAGUGAGUGACACCUGGAUGUCCUUGUAAUACUAUCUGCUUCAAGAAUGUUAGGGCUUCAGAGAGAAGGAUAUAUUGUAUACUGAAAAAAAUAUAAACACAACAUGCAACAAUUUCCAAUAUUUGACUGAGUUACAGUUCAUAGAAGGAAAUUCAUUAGGCCCUAAUUUAUGGAUUUCACAUGACUGGGCAAUGGGCGCAGCCAUGGGUUGGCCUGGGAGGGCAUAGGCCCACCCACUGGGGAGCCAGGCCCAGCCAAUCAGAAUGAGUUUUAACCCACAAAAGGGCUUUAUUGCAGACAUAAAUAUUCCUCAGCACCCCCGCAGGUGAAUAAUCCGGAUGUGGAGGUCCUGGGCUGGCGUGGUUACACGUGGUCUGCGGUUGUGAGGCCGGUUGGAUGUACUGCCACAUUUUCUAAAACAAUGUUGGAGGUGGCAUAUGGUAGAGAAAUUAACAUUCAGUUCUCUGGUAACAGCUCUGUUGGAAAUUCCUGCAGUCAGCAUGCCAAUUGCACGCUCCCUCAACUUGAAACAUCUGUGGCAUUGUGUUAUGUGACAAAACUGCACAUUUUAGUGCCAUUUUAUUAUCCCCAGCACAAGUUGCACCUGUGUAAUGAUCAUGCUGUUAAUCAGCUUCUUGAUAUGCCACACCUGUCAGGUGGAUGGAUUAUAUUGGCAAAGGAGAAAUGCUCACUAACAGGAAUGUAAACAAAUUUGUGCACAAAAUUGGAAAGAAAUAAGCUUUUUGUGAAUAUGGAACAUUUCUGUGAUCUUUUAUUUCAGCUCAUGAAACAUGGGACCAACACUUAACAUGUUGCGUUAUAUAUUUUUGUUCAGUGUAGAUUUGCAGUAUGUGCCACAUAUGUUUGAGGAUCUUGUCAGGAGCACUGGGUAGUGUUCAGUAGGGCACAGUGUAGCAAAAUGUUUUGCAACAGAAAACAAAAAAUCUGUCUUCUUAUUGGACAAGUUCAUGUUCAACCUCCCUCGUUUUCACGCCAUUUAAAAACAUUUUCACCCUACUGAACACAGCUCUGGUAUUAUGCCUCAUUCGUCUUUCUUUGCGAAUGACAGCCAUCAACUGCUUCAUGCCAGCCAACGGUGAGACGACCACUGUGAUCACCAACCCCAGUGUCCCAGUGGACAUCUCACUCAACCUGCUCAAGAGGGAGAUGGCCCUUGGAGGUAUUGUUCAGUACAUUUUAGUCAAUCUCAAUCUAUCUCACUCUCCCAGUUGAUGUGUGUGUGUUAUUCACUGUUUGACUGCUACGCUCCACAGGCCCCUUACCUGACCCGAAGAAGCCUCGUACCAUGCACGGGACCCUGAUCAUGAAGGAUAAUGUAAGUUCUGAAUUCCACCAACUGCCGUUCAUACACUGAUUUCUCUAUUGUUUAUGAUAGAAAACUUUACUAUGGCCUUGCCUAGCUAAUUCAGAUAUGUUAAUAAUUCAAGGUGUUUUAUUCUCUGCCUUGCCUUGUGAGUGACCUCUUGUUGCCCUGUGUUCCCCUCUCUCUCCCCCCCCGUGUUCCCCUCUCUCUCCCCCCCGUGUUCCCCUCUCUCCCCCCCCCCCCCCCCCGUGUUCCCCUCUCGUUCCCCUCUCUCUUCCAUCCUGUGUUCCCCUCUCUCCCCUCCCCCCUGUGUUCCCCCUGGGUGUAGAGUCUUCGGCUUGUCUCUCCAGAGCAGGCACUCAAGGAGUUGGGCCUCAACGAGCACCAGCUCCGCUUCACCUGCCGAGUACAGCUCCAGGACCCACACAGUGACCCUGACACUCUUAGCAGAAUCUACACACACCUCAAGAGGUACAGUAAGACCGAGUUGACCAUUUUUAUUGUGUUUGUUUUCAAGUUCUUAUUUGGUCAAAGCUUGGGCAUAAAAGGCACAUAGUUUGUUUUGUCUUCUGCCACAACAUAACAUUUUUAUUCACAAAAAGAGGGUACAGUCAGUACUCAGGUCUGAUCCACUAACACACCUUCAUAUAAUAAUAUGAAUGAUUAUUUCUCCUCUCUCUCUGUGUUGUCUCUGUUCUAGUGUGCUGAAAGGUUAUACCAUCCAGCACCUCCCAGAUGGGACCGUCAUGGUGGAGUCCAUUGUGAUCAAGGUGUCCUCCUCAGCUGAAGAGCCCAACACCAAGGUGCUGCUGCUCUCCUGGAGCUACCAGGUAAGGAGGAUGGCUGUUGAAAAUGAGUAUGAGCUAUUGUGAUGGACCACCGUGUGUCUGCUUAGCAGUAUAGCGUCCUCCCUGUCUGGGUUCACUGUCCGUACAACGGCUCGAACUAGGGUCCUCUGCCUCGAAAACACACGUGACUGACCGUUCGACAACGUACUAGCCAGUUGUGCCACUGAAUAGCUAGCAAUUCAGCGAUGAGUGGAGGCAUUUCAAGCUGUGGAGUGACUUUACGGUCCGAUCUGAACUACAGUAUGUAACACUAUACACAUUAGGGUGCAAUGUAUUGUGCAGCCCAUAACCUUGGAGGGCCUGUGGAUGUGUUUCUAUACUGUGUGGCACGAGUCACAGUCACCAUAUCGGGGCGGCAGGUAGCUUAGUGGUUAAGAGCGUUGUGCCAGUAACCGAGCCGACUAGGUGAAAAAUCGGUCUAUGUGCCCUUGAGCAAGGCACUUAACCCUAAUUGCUCCUGUAAGUCGCUCUGGAUAAGAGCGUCUGCUAAAUGACUAAAAAUAAAAAAUAGGUAACGAAAACCACCAGCUAGCGAUGGAGUCAAGUAAGUCUAAUUAGAGGAGCAUGUAGCGACCACAAGCCAUGUUCUUUCUCAAAUCUCUACACCUUUUUAGAUAUCAACAAUAUCUAAAACGUCAAUGAUUUGAUCAAAAUAAACACACCCUAUAGAUACCCCUGUAGAUUUACUUGAGUCAAAUUGCACCAUCCAUUUAGCCGAUGUUUAUUUCAAUACAAAUGAUGUCGGCCUUGUUAUUUGUAGGAUGAAGAUCUGGGGAGCUUUCUGUCUACUCUGCUGAAGAAAGGACUUCCAUCAGGACUGUCUUCAAUGUGACAGUUCAUAUCGGUGGCAGGUAGCUGAGCGUUGGGCCAGUAAUCGAAAGGUCACUGGUUUGAAUCCUUGAGCCGAGUAGGUGAAAAAUCUUUGUGCCCUUGAGCAAGGCACUUAACCGCUCUGGAUACGGGUGUCUGCUAAAUGACUAAAAUGUAAAUCAUCCCAAUGUUAAGUGUAGCUUACUGUAAAGGUUAGUCUCGAUGUUGUACAAAGCUGAUUUGAAUGCAUCUUUUUAUAAGAAAUAAGUGUCACAGAACUCUAUUUAUAUUGAUAUAAUCCAAGUCACUACAUUGUUAAUACUCAACAAUCAAGUAAUUGCAUUGUCAUUAUGUGAGUUCUUAAAGGUCCAAUGUAGCUGUUUUUAUCUCGAUAUCAAAAUAAUUUCUGGGUAAUAAUGAAUGACCUUCCUGUGAUUUUGUUUUCAAUUAAAAUGGUCGAAAAGAAACAAAAAUAGCUUCUUAGCAAAGAGCAAUUUUUCAAGCAAUUAUUUUGCUAGGACUGUCUGAGUGGGUGAAGGAACAUCUGAAAACUAGCGGUUAUUGGCAGAGAGGUUUAGAACUCUCAUAUUAGUCUAUUAGCUUGUGAUGUCACCAGGCAGGCCAAAACUCCAUCCCACUAAAACAGGCUGAAAUUUCAGGUGGUCUAUUCAAACAGCUCUUACACUAAAGCGGCAUCAAUAUUUUCACAAUUUCACAGUAUUAUUCUAACCUCAUAGUGCGGAUAUAUAUAUAUAUAUAUAUAUAUAUAUAUAUAUAUAUAUAUAUAUAGCUAUAGCUAUAUUUAUACACAGUAAGGGGAAAAAAGUAUUUGAUCCCCUGCUGAUUUUGUACGUUUGCCCACUGACAAAGACAUGAUCAGUCUAUAAUUUUAAUGGUAGGUUUAUUUGAACAGUGAGAGACAGAAUAACAACAACAAAAAUCCAGAAAAAAAACGCAUGUCAAAAAUGUUAUAAAUUGAUUUGCAAUUUAAUGAGGGAAAUAAGUAUUUGACCCCUCUGCAAAACAUGACUUAGUACUUGGUGGCAAAACCCUUGUUGACAAUAACAGAGGUCAGAUGUUUCUUGUAGUUGGCCACCAGGUUUGCACACAUCUCAGGAGGGAUUUUGUCCCGCUCGUCUUUGCAGAUCUUCUCCAAGUCAUUAAGGUUUCGAGCCUGAUGUUUGGCAACUUGAACCUUCAGCUCCCUCCACAGAUUUUCUAUGGGAUUAAGGUCUGGAGACUGGCUAGGCCACUCCAGGACCUUAAUGUGCUUCUUCUUGAGCCACUCCUUUGUUGCCUUGGCCGUGUGUUUUGGGUCAUUGUCAUGCUGAAAUACCCAUCCACGACCCAUUUUCAAUGCCCUGGCUGAGGGAAGGAGGUUCUCACCCAAGAUUUGACGGCCCCGUCCAUCGUCCCUUUGAUGCGGUGAAGUUGUCCUGUCCCCUUAGCAGAAAAACACCCCCAAAGUAUAAUGUUUCCACCUCCAUGUUUGACGGUGGGGAUGGUGUUCUUGGGGUCAUAGGCAGCAUUCCUCCUCCUCCAAACACGGCGAGUUGAGUUGAUGCCAAAGAGCUCAUCUGACCACAACACUUUCACCCAGUUCUCCUCUGAAUCAUUCAGAUGUUCAACACACCAACUGUUGUCACCUUCUCACCAAGCUGCUUGACGAUGGUCUUGUAGCCCAUUCCAGCCUUGUGUAGGUCUACAAUCUUGUCCCUGACAUCCUUGGAGAGCUCUUUGGUCUUGGCCAUGGUGGAGAGUUUGGAAUCUGAUUGAUUGAUUGCUUCUGUGGACAGGUGUCUUUUAUACAGGUAACAAACUGAGAUUAGGAGCACUCCCUUUAAGAGUGUGCUCCUAAUCUCAGUUCGUUACCUGUAUAAAAGACACCUGGGAGCCAGAAAUCUUUCUGAUUGAGAGGGGGUCAAAUACUUAUUUCUCUCAUUAAAAUGCAAAUCAAUUUAUAACAUUUUUGACAUGCGUUUUUCUGGAUUUUUUGUUAUUUGAACAGUGAGAGACAGAAUAAACCUACCAUUAAAAUUAUAAACUGAUAAUUUCUUUGUCAGUGGGCAAACAUACAAAAUCAGCAGGGGAUCAAAUACUUUUUUCCCCACUGUAUAUAUAUAUAUCACAGGAAAAGCACGUGUUUUUAAGUGCACUGGGCCUUUAAAGUGAUGAACAUAAGGGAAUAUGUAAACGCAAUAUUUACAUGGUGUAAAUAUAUGCAAUAUAAUUGGUGGUUUACAGUACACUAUAAGGAAAACAAUGCUUCACCACGAGCCUUCAGAGUUUGUUUCAUCAGCAGUCAGAGCACGCUUAAGCAAAAGCCUCACGGUCUCACGUUGAUGGUGUAGACUCCCAUGGUCCUCCUAGCCCACAGCCAUCUGAACCUGGCCUUUGAGGGACUCCACUUACAGUGACUGGUGGUGAAGUAGUAGAGCAGGGGAUCCAGACAGCUAUUGAGGCUGACGAGGGCCAGGGUCACCCGCCGGGCAUUGUAGAUGGCGUUUGCAUAGGGACAGUGCUGGAUGACCCCUAGACGGCGGAGCAGAUGCAGGAAGUGAACCACAUGGUAGGGCAGGAAGCAGAUCAGGGUGAUAACCAGGAUGGUGUAGAUGACCCUCAGGGCUCCGCGGGCUGUGUUGGUCCGGAUGAGAGCGAUGCGCCGCGCCACCAGAGGGUAACACACCAGGAUGACCACAGAGGGCAGUAGCGAGCUGACGACGAGACUGAAUAAGCUAUACGGCAGCAGACGCCUGUCCCACUCGUGCCGGGAGAAGUUCUCGAAGCAGCUACGGUGCUGGCUUUCCAGAGGUCCCACUAGGAUGAAGGCCAGAACAGCCGCCACCCCCACCACCCACACUGCCACACUCACCAGUACAGUGCAACGCGAGUUCCGGAGCCUCAGAUAAGUGUGAGGAUAGGCGACGGCCACAUAUCGAUCCACACAGAUACAGGUCAUGAAGGCGAUGCUGAUGUAGAUGUUGGCGAAGAACAGUGUUCCUGUGAUGCGGCAGGCCACGUCUCCGAAUACCCAGUCGUUGCUGUUGCGGUGGUAGUGGAUUUUGAAGGGCAGGGUGCAGAGGAAGGUGGUGUCGGCGAUUGCCAGGUUAAUGACGUACACGUUAGAGGAUGUGCGGGGAGUUGUCUUGAAGAUGAACACG